ACUUCACAAACGCAACGAGGUCAUUGACCUAAAUGUCAAACAAUUUUCGCGAAAUAUGCAGUUUUGGUAAAUAAUCAAUGAUUUUAAUUAAUUUUGUAUAGUAAAAUCGUAUUUGAAUUAGCUGGUACAUGUUCAACUAGUGCUUUCACGCCGUAUGAACGCAACAGAGAUGGGCGACAUAGAUUUUUCAAAGGUCUGCCGCACUUGUUUAGGUUCAGAAUCGCUGAACCCAAUCUUCAGAGAUGCUGAUGAUCAUCAGAAAUAUUCUACAGCUGUAUAUAUGACUACAGGUGUUAAGGUGGAAAUGAAUGACGGCCUGCCUCAGAACAUGUGCACACAAUGCAUGACACACCUGAACGACUCCCUGAAGUUCAGGAAGCUUUGUAAGGACACAGAGAUGCUAUUACUAGACUACAGACAGAAGAUGGACAAUGCAUGUGAACUGUAUGAUCUUAAGGUACCCAAACAAGAAUUCCUGGAAGAUACUGGACAGAUUGAUGACCAGGAUGUGAAGCAAGAGUUGGUGGACACCACUCUCUCCUCAGAUGAGGAUAAACCUCUCAAAGAUCUGUUAGAGGUUGAAAAUAAUACACAGAACAUGAAGCUUCCAGUUACAUUGAAUGUGGACCCGUCAGCGCCGUACGAGCCGGUGUACGGCACGGGGCGCGUGCGCUGCAAGCUGUGCCGCGCGGAGCUGUCGGUGCGCAGCGUGGCGGCGCACGUGGCGCGGCGCCACCCCGGCGCCGACGCGCGCCGCGACAAGUGCGAGCUGUGCGACGCGUACCUGCUGCGCGCCAAGAUGCGCCGCCACCACCGCCUCGUGCACGGCGCCGGCGCGUUCAGAUGCGGGUACUGCAAGUCAGAGUUCGACGCGAAGGAGUUGCUGGUGGAGCACGUGGCCGCGUGCACCGCCAAGAACAAGAAACGGAAGGUGUCCGAAGCGAGCAGGGAGCUCCGGGAGUGCGACAUAUGCCAUAAGACGAUGCAGAAAGCAAGCUUGAGGUUGCACAAGGCGGUGAAACACGCCGGCCUGGGACCCGUGUGCGAGCACUGCGGGAAGCGUUUCGGGAAUAAGUUCCGUCUGAAGGAGCACUACCGCGCCAAGCAUGGCUACGAGAAGUUCAAAUGCUCCUACUGCGACUUCCAGAGCGCCGCCAUCAUGGCCAUGCGGAACCACGAGCGUCGCCACCGCGGCGAGAAGCCGUUCGUGUGCGAGUCGUGCGGCGCCAAGUUCCACGCCGCGUACCUCCUCGCGCAGCACCGCCAGAGCCAUCGCACCGAGAAACUCGUCAAGUGUUCGCAGUGUCCGGCGCGGUUCAAAGCGAACAACAGCCUGCACAUGCACAAGCUGACGUGCCACAGCGCCGCGCUCUACAAGUGCACUAUGUGCGCACGCGCAUACAGUUGUCGUCACUACGCGGUGAAGCACCUGCGCCACGUGCACCAGUUCCGCGGUCCCGUGCCGCGGCUGCAGCGCCUGCCGCCGCCCGCCGAACAGCACGCCGAACAGCACGCCGAACAACACACCGACCAACACGCCGCAUAGCCGACGCCGCGGAACUCAAUACUUUGUUGUUCAUGAUGACUGUUAGGGGCCGUUCGAGUAUUGCGUAACGCAAUUUUUGAAGAUUUUUGAAACCCCCGCCCGAGUAACGCGCCGUAACGUUUUCCUGUACGCCCUUGCCAUCCCUCUAAAAGUUGUAACUCUAAAGUGAAAUUUUUUUUGGAAUAUUCUCAAUUAUUUUACGCAAAAUACCGGAAAAUCGCUAAAAUACCUUUGUUUUAAAAUAAAAUAC